AUGUUCCUUGUUGCAGAGAGACCACCAUAUAGUGCGGCUCUCUGCUCCCCCCUCCCCCCUCCUCCUUCUCAACUGACUUCACACUGCACGGAGAGGAAGCUGCACGAGGAGCCUGUCAGCGGGGAGAAGGUUCCCAAGAGCUUGGCGGAAGAGGGUGUGAAAGUGGCUCUAGAGGUUGGAUAUCGUCACAUUGACUGUGCAAGUAUUAACGACAAUGAGGUAGAAGUUGGGCGGGCCAUCUGUGAGAAGAUUGCGGAUGGGACAGUGAAGAGAGAGGACGUGUUCUACACUGGGAAGCUGUGGUCGACCUCCCAAACCCCGGACCGAGUCCGUCCAGCUCUUGAAAAAUCUCUGAAGGACCUGCAGCUGGAUUACAUGGAUCUGUUUCUUAUCCACACCCCUCUAGAAUUUAUGCCUGGAGAUGAUCCAUUACCUGUGGAUGAGAAUGGAAAAUACAUCUAUAACAACACAGACAUCCGUGAUACUUGGAGGGCUAUGGAAGAGUGUAAGGACGCCGGGCUGGUUAAAUCCAUCGGAGUUUCCAAUUUCAAUAAACGCCAAAUAGAACUGAUCCUCAAUAAUCCGACACUGAAAUACAAACCGGUCUGUAAUCAGGUAGAAUGUCACAUUUACAAAAACCAGAGUAAAAUGCUGGCGUUCCUCAAGUCACAUGACAUAGCGCUGGUGGCGUUCUGCGUGCUGGGGUCCAGCAGGGAUGAGAAAUGGAUUGAUCAAAGUGCCCCUGUGCUAUUGGAAGAUCCGGUACUAGUCAAUAUAGCGGAGAAGUGCGGCAGGACCCCCGCUCAGGUGGCAAUAAGAUACAUGCUGCAGAGGGAAAUUGUCGUCCUGGCAAAGAGCUUUGACCCAGCUAGGAUUAAGCAGAACCUUCAAGUCUAUGACUUCCAGUUAAGCAACAAAAUAAUGAAGACUUUGGAUGCGCUAGACAGGAAUAUGCGCUAUAUAGUUACUGACAAAGUAAAGGACCAUCCCAAGUACCCAUUUCAUGAUGAAUAUUAAAGGUAUGAAGCCAAGGCCUGAAGAGAUGUGACAACUAAGGGACUUUAUCUGGGAGGACCAAUAGAUGUGAGAAUUACUGUCCAGUAUUCUGAGCUAGUAAAUAUAGUAUAAUAAACAGCCACAAAGCAUUAUAGUUCAUAGUAAAAAAGAUCACACAAUACAGUUCUUUGGGAAAAUCUGGGGGUGACCAUAUGAUAAAAGGGAUGAGAUUGUAAAAAAAAAUACCUCAUCGGUUCUAACAUAUAGGCAGACGCAAGAAAUGCCAACCUUUAUUUCACAUCCAGAUUUGGGGAGAACAUGGGGACAACUGCUUUUGUGUUGUCUGCUCUUAUACUGUUCAUUAAAGAGUGUCACAAAAUGUA